GCAACCAUCGCCCAAUCCCAUUGAUCGUGACGUUGUAACGAAACACCUAAUUCAAUCUUCAUAAACCUAUGAUCAUCAUAUGACUACGACAUUAUUAUUGUAAAAAAACAAAUAUUCCUCAUGUACAUCAUAUACAAUACACGCACAUAACUGAAUUGUAAAGUUUUAUGUUCUUAUUAGCGGGUCGUUCUCACUGUUGUGCCCUAUAUAUUGCAUUUGGGGGGACCCAAUUUUCCUUGUUCAUUGAUAUGAGCUUCCCAGGUUUACAAAAAGAUGCCUCCUUUUUGAUUCAUUACGUUGAGCAUUAGCUGCAAAAUUGCAAUUCACCAGCUUUUGAUCAUGCCUGUUGCAUGGAAAUAAAUAGGUAAUGCUUUGUGGAUAUUCUAACAAUUGAUUUACUUUUAUGGUCCUAUCUUGUAGUGGGGUUUCCUUAGAAAGGGUUAAUUCUUCAUUUUACUUGCUUUAUAAGGGUAAAAUUCUACAUUGCAAGGACAAAAUCUUGGAUUUUCUCUGUCUUUUCUUGAUUUGGGUGUCUGGUUGUGGAUAUGGUUUACUUACUGCCUUCUUUACAAGAUUGAUUUUUUACUCUGAUAUAAGGGUCUGUGCAGUGUGUGAGGGAUUGUUCUUGUGAAUUAGCUAAAGGAGAAAUUUGUCAGCUGGAUUCUGCUUUAGACCUGAAACUGAAUUCUGGGUAGUGGGCAAGAUUUGAUUUCACGCGAAAGCUUAAACCUUUUGUUGUGCUGAAAUCCUAGGUGUUUAACUUGGGUGUGGAGUGAAAUUGCAUGGUAUGAGUGAAUUGGUUAACGAAUUUGGAUGUUGUGGAUAAAAUCUUGGAAUAAGAGGAAGCAGUUUAUUGCUUAUUAGGGAUCUUGGUUUUAUGAAAUAAGUUCAGGACGCCUGCACUUUACUUGGAAUUCUUGGUGGAAUGGAUGUUCAUUGAUGUUUGAAAACUUUGAAAUUGUAUAAGAACUGUAGUACAUGUAGCUAGUUUUGUUGGUGGUGAGAUGUUUAAACCAUUUCUCCACCUCCAAGUUAUAGACUUUGGAAUUCCACUAACUGCCUUCAGUUCACUGCAUUGUUUGUGACCUCUCCUCCAUCCUUACCCGCAAAAUCCCCUCCAACAAAUGCAACAUCUUCAUGCCGGAAGCCACUGUCCUCCAACAAAUGUAACAUAGCCUCUUCUAGCCUUAUCACCAACAUUGACCACUAAUGGCUUCUCCACCACCUCCUGAAGCAUCUACUCCUCCAACCGAUGUCUCACCUCCAACCUUUAGUCCUCCACCUACACCUUCUGGCCCACCGGCUAGCUCAUCGCCACCUCCAUCUUCUACUCCGCCAGCUAGUUCACCGCCACCUCCAUCUUCUACUCCGCCUCCUAGUUUGCCACCACCUCCACCGUCUAGUCCGCCACCUAGUUCACCACCACCUCCAGAACCUGAUCCACCACCUGUGUCACCUCCACCUGUACCAACUCCUUCUCCUCCUGCAAGUUCACCUCCAUCACCUCCCCCUACAUUGUCACCUCCGCCACCCGUACAGAAUCCAGAACCUCCUCCAGCUCCAAAAUCACCCUCAAAUUCAUCUCCACCACAAUCUCCUGAACCUCCAAAAGGUUCAUCACCUUCACCACCUUCACCGCCUUCACCACCUUCACCACCUUCACCGCCUUCACCAUCUUCUUCCAACUCACCUUCAAAUUCACCUCCAUCCCCAACAUCUAAGCCAUCAGAAAAUCCGCCUCCUUCCCCAGCCUCAGGCCCUCCUAAAGAUUCACCACCUUCACCAGCUACAUUACCUCCCAGUCCCUCACCAUCUUCUGAUUCCCCUUCAGACUCAUCACCGCCAACAUUUGUGAUACAACUAUCACCACCUCCAUCCUUUAACGGUACACAACCUUCUCUUACUCCUCCUUCAUCACCAGUUCCUUCAGGUGAUGCUAGUAACCAUAGUUCUGGAAACCAUCCAGCAGAAAGCUCAAAGUCUGCUGGUGGUAGUGGCAAUGGUACUGCAGGGACAGUUUCCAUCGGCAUCGUACUUGUUCUUCUAUUGGUUGGUCUUAUCGCAGCGGCUGGAUGGUGUAUACGGAAGCAAAAGAAGAAGAAUUCUGGCUAUAAUAUUGGUAAUGUCAAGACAAUCUCUGUGUGCUCCACUCCAAAAUCAGAGUCUGCUUUAUUGAAGGUCGAGGAAUCAACAGCUGAGAUAAAUGGAACUGGCUCCAAUUUCCUCGGUUCUCCAGGGGACCCUUGUGGAUUCAGCAGUUCAAAGACAUGGUUUACUUAUCAAGAACUAGUUGAGGCCACGAACGAUUUUUCAGCACAGAAUGUAUUAGGGAAGGGUGGAUUUGGUUCUGUAUACAAAGGAUAUCUAGCAGAUGGAAGAUAUGUAGCAGUAAAGCAGCUAAAUAUUGGUGGGAGCCAGGGGGAACGAGAAUUCAGAGCUGAAGUUGAAAUCAUUAGUCGGAUACACCAUCGUCAUUUGGUUUCACUUGUAGGUUAUUGCAUUUCAGAGAAGAAUCGCCUCCUUGUUUAUGACUAUGUUCCCAAUAAUACCCUUUACUUCCAUCUUCAUGCACAAGGGAGGCCUGUCAUGAAUUGGACAACACGUGUUAAAAUUGCUGUUGGCGCAGCUCGUGGAAUAGCUUAUCUGCAUGAAGAUUGCUGUCCUCGUAUUAUUCACAGAGACAUUAAGUCAUCGAACAUUCUUUUGGAUAAUAACUUUGAGGCUCGGGUUUCUGAUUUUGGACUGGCUAAAUUAGCUCAGGAUGCAGAAAGUCAUAUCACAACACGUGUCGUGGGAACAUUUGGAUACAUGGCUCCUGAAUAUGCAUCGACCGGCAAGCUGACUGAAAAAUCUGAUGUAUAUUCCUUUGGGGUUGUGCUUCUGGAGCUAAUUACUGGAAGGAAGCCAGUGGAUACAUCUCAGCCUUCAGGGCAGGAGAAUCUAGUUGAGUGGGCUCGACCUUUGCUUAGUCAGGCGCUUGAAAAAGAGGAAUUUGAUCAGUUGGCAGAUCCGCGCCUUGAGAAGAACUACGUUGGCAGUGAGAUUUUUCGAAUGAUUGAGGCUGCUGCAUCUUGUGUGCGCCACUCGGCUUCAAAGAGACCAGCAAUGGGACAGAUCAUGAGAGCUUUUGAUGGUAUGGCUAUGCAUGAUCUGUCAAACGGGAUGAAAGUUGGUGAAAGUGCAAUACAUAGCUCUGCAUUACAAUCUGCAGAAAUAAGUUGGUUUAGGAAGGUGGCAUUCGGUAAUCAAGAUUUUAGUACAAAUUUUUUCAGUCAAAGUAAUCAAAAUAGUAGAGAGUCGGGUGAACAUAGUUAGAGGAUCUAUACAAUAAAAGGUGUUAUUUGGAAGCCGCGUUUGCAUGUGCUGAUACAUCAAAGGUACCUUAGCUUAGCAGUUAAUGUUUUCUUCUGUAAGUAGCUAUAAUGAAAAUGCAGACAAAUCGCUGCCUCAUGUCGAGGUCUAUGGCAUAAGCUUUAGAUCAGUUACAAUGUCAUGUUGUAAGAGAAAAAGGUCAAUCGCAGUAGCUUAGAACUAUAUCUUGGAGAAAUUAUAGAGGAUCUUUAGAACAAAAUGGCUCAUUGAAGCUACUGUAUGUAUCUGUUUACAUAUCAAAGGUACCUUAGCUUAGAGA